AUUUUCUCCCCUUUGUAUGUGAUGGCUGUUCAGGUGUCUUUUGCCUUCAGCACAGGAGCCGGGAUGCUCAUGGGUGUUCUGAGGUGAAUAUAAGAAACAGUUCUGUGAAACCAGAUCAGCACAGAUCUUAUCCAUGCUCAUACAAGGACUGCAACGGGAAGGAGCUUUUGCCAGUUUUAUGUCCCUACUGUGGAAAACAUUUUUGUCUAAGACACCGGCAUCAAUCAGACCAUGAAUGUGAGAAACUGGACACCCCAAAACCUCGAAUGGCUGCCACCCAGCGGCUAGUUAAGCAUAUUGUAGAUUCUAAAAAAAAUGAGGAAGCAAAAAGCAAAAAACAUAAAGGAGCGAAAAACAGUGAGACAGCAGCAAAAGUGGCAUUAAUGAAACUGAAAAUGCAUGCGUGUGGGGACAAGUCCUUGCCUCAGGUCAGUCACAUUUGUUUUCAGCUAUUUCAGCCUGGUACCCAAAAACAAUCUCACUAGUCUUAUUUCUGUUAUAAGAUGUCAGUGUAG